AGAGGAUUCAGUCUACAGAACAAUUAGAUCGGUUCUAGCUGAUCGCUAGACGUCACAGAAUUUUCGGCUAAAAUCCCUACCACGAUGACUGCGAUUCUUUAAGUUAUUCAAACAUAUGAGAGCAAAAUAAUGAUAUUCAUAUAAAACUUUAAUUAAAACGUAUGAUAUUUUAAACAGUGUAAUUGUACAUUUAUUCAAAAUUAACAAAAAUGAUUGGCAUCGUCGGACUAUUCCUAUGCGCUUUAUUGUGUGCUAGUGUCAGUGAUGUACAAGGGGCGUGCGAGCAGUUAAAGAACGAUGACAUGAUAGAAUAUUCCUGUACGGGUGGACAAUUAUCCGAUUUGGACAAUCUUCCUGCAUCGACUGGAAAAAUUCGAAUUUCUCACAUGCCAAUUCAACGAAUAACUGCGGAUACCUUUUCAAGGUUUGGUUUGGAUCUCUGGGUCCUAGGAUGUUCUUACUGUGGUAUAAUGGACAUUGAACCAGGAGCCUUUGAACAUCUAAGUAACCUUCAACAAUUAAGCUUCGACAACAACCAUUUAACCACUAUAAAGGCAUCUUGGUUCAGAAAAUUAAAUUACUUGACGUACUUGGACCUGAAUUACAAUAACAUAGAGUCUAUUGAGGAUGGCUUGUUCAGAAAUCUACCCGGUCUUGUUGACCUAAGAUUAUCUGGUAAUCGUUUAGAAUGCCUAAAUCUUGUAGACAUGUCACAUUUAAAGGGAUUAAAAAGAAUCUUUCUGAGUGAAAAUUCUGAAUUCAAGUGUCCAAAAGCUGUCAGUGCUUUUCUGGAGAAGCAUGGAGUAAGUUUCGAUAGUGAUCCAGAGUGGAGCAGAAUUCCAAAUGAUUUAAUUUAUCCGGAAAUGCCAUACGAUUACGAUGAAGAGAGCAGCAUAGAAGAACAGAGUACAGAGGAACAGUCCACGCCACUACCUGCUCAUCGCGAAAGAUUGCAUCCAACUAUAACACCAUCUUCAAUUGCAACAACACAAUAUACCCCACCACCGUUCCGUACAACCGAAGAAGUAGUUUAUCGUCCACAUAAUUCUCCAGAUUGGAGAACAACUCCAAGAACAGACGCAGACCCCUACGAAAACAGACCAAAAGCAACAGUUUCACCAUACGAUAUUAACAUGAUAUAUCACCAAUCAAUCCCAGAGGAAUAUUGGAGAACAACUACAAUCUUGUACGGAAGCGGAGGAGAAGCUACAAAUCCAUCAUAUGACGAAGAUACAAGAGCACCGUAUAUUCCACCAAGAACCGUUGCACCAAUCGAACGGGUAACAUAUCCACAACGUGAAACGACGGACUACAGCAGCCAAGACAUAACGACCUUGAGUUCUUGGCCAAGAACCUCGGAAUCUGUCGGUGCUGGUGGCGAAUACGAGGUCUAUCCACCCCACAGAAACCAAGACAAACAUUACACAGAACAGCCGGAUUAUUCAAACCCACCUAACUCAGUCCUUUUGGCAUCGAGCCAAAUACCACCUCAUGUGGAGCUUAACACAGAACGUUCUAUGGAUCCCUACUCUGAUUGGUCUGCAAAGAAUAGUAUGCCAUCAAACGAGAAGUAUCCACCUACAUUUGUACCCAAUAUCGAAAACAAGGCAUCAGAAAUUUCGGUUCCUUCUUUAUACACGACUCAAUCCAUUCAGUCUAUCCCACAUAUACCAACUGUAAUGGUUCAACCUGCUCACCCUGAAAAUGUCUAUCAACCGCCAUAUUACGACCCCGCGGUCACUGUUCAUUCACCGCCAUCGGUGAAUAAUUGGCCACAGCAGGAGGAAGGGACAUCGGCAAUCGUGCAAAUUGAAACGACUACCGAUAAGCCAUUGCCUAAUUGUUCAACCAGGAGUUUAUCAUCGUCGAGCCAGAGCUCCAUCACGAUGAUCAUCGUUUCCGUUCUUCUUGCGAUUCGCGUCCUUGUGGAGGGAUUUUAGCUAAAAGUCUCGUUAAAUUAUUUAAUAUUUAUCUGUAUAUUCUGAUGGAAUCUCCGACAAUGAAUCAAGUUUUCGUUGACGAAUCGAAUGUUUGCGUGAACCUGUGCGGGUGUAUUUGCUCUCGCAAGCACCGAAUUAGAGUUGAACGGAAGGACGUUUAUCUAAUCGCAGACUAUAAAUCGGGUGACUUUAUAAGUGCUGUUGGUUUCGUUCGUUUACGGUUUUGGAUCAAUCUUCAAGACUUUGUUAAUCGCGAUUCGCUGUCAGAGGAACCAAACGAAUUGAUUGAUUCUUCAGAAGCACCGCGGAGCCUGCAAAACCCAGAGCGUGAAGAAACUGUGUGGUUUGGUACAUUAAUGUUUUUAAUGAUGCAAUGCACAGGAAUGUGUAUAAUUUACCAAAUCAUACAGCAUCAUUGUUGUGAAAUUACAACGAUGUCACGUUCGUCGUGUUGUCGGACCUUAAGCGGUUUAUUUGCUAGUUCUGCACGCUUUAGAACGUAUCGAGAAGAUGUGCAUCGUUUGUUUGCCAAGGAGGAAUGCCAAAUAUGAUAUCCACGGGGCGCGAUGCUGAAUAUCAAUUGAAACAGUAACAAGCGAUGAGGGCCAAUGCAAUGUAUCCGGUGUGCUAAUGAAAUAAUUACUAAUGUCGUUCAAUCUAAUGCUGAGCGUUAUGUAACGACCUUGACUGGUGUACUUUAUCGAGAUGUGCUGCGUUUCGUGUUUUGUCAAAGAGCUUAACCCUUUCAUAUCUGUGACGAGAUAUCUCAGCAAUAUACGGCGAUGCUUACAUGCGAUGCUAUGAAUCGUACGUUAUAUCUUCUUCAACUCAUUAAUGGCCGAAGUAUUUUGUACAACUUAAAUUAAUUACUUCAGGAUUAAAUUGUCGUCUUUCGCAGAUCUCAAAAAUUUGUUCUUUUUUGAUAUUAGGAGAAAAGUUGUGAAUCAGAAGUCACUCUAGGUCGAAGGAUAAGAGUUAAGUGCAGUGUAGAAACUAUAUAUUGAUUUGUACAGGUAAAAAAGUAUUAGGAUAGUAAAUAUUUUGCAGAUGUUUAGUUUAUAAAUCAGAGAUUAGAACGAAAAAAUUUUCAUGAUUAAAAAAGAAGAGUUUACCAUAACGCGAUAAAUAUUUUGUGAUUUAAAUGAUUUCCAAAUCUUCGAAAUAAUUGAAGGGAAAUGAACGGAUGAAAUAUCGACCCUUAACGGGACAAGGUACGACGUAACUUAUCCAUAGAUUGGGGUAAAAAUCAAUUCGCGAAACAUCUCGUGCGCAGAUGCGAAGGGGUUAACGGUGCUGAAGAUAGAGGUGCAUAUUGUACUGUCAAAAAAAAAAAAAAAAAAAAUGAAUAUUCAUAUUCGUAUUGGAUAUUAAGGAGAUAUUCCAUCGUAGGUUUUUUAAAGAAUCAGUCCGUUUUUAUACUCGUUCUUCUGGGGUGCUAUAAUUUUUCUCGCAUCAUUGAGAUCUGUUGAGUUUCCACAACAAAUGGAAUUAUAUAUUCCAUUAGAAAAAUUAUGUGUAACUUUUUCAAAAUUCAGUGUAUUUUAUUUUAUAUUGUUAUAUUAUUACGUUUCUGUAAAUUACGUAAUAUAAAUUAAUGUGUAAUGUUAA